UUUUUUUAUCAACGUGAGAACCAUGUCAACGUGUUUAUAGCAGAUGAUGGCAAUGAAUAUUGCAAGAGGAAUGGGGCUAAUUUUUAAUAGAAUAAAUCACUUGAAGGAAUGCUUAUUCUCUCCUAAACAUUUAUUGUACACAAAUAUAGGGAUAUCAAUUUCUCUUUCUGGCAUAGGAGAUGUUUUAGAGCAACAUUAUGAGAUAUUAAAGGGCAAAUGGGAUAAAUGGAGUUUUACUAGAACGAGAAAUAUGUCUGUAUCUGGCAUGUCUAUCGGGAUAGUUUGUCAUUACUGGUAUAAUUUUUUAGACACUAGAAUAACUGGACGUACUAUUGGUAUAGUUUUAAAAAAAGAUGAAGAUGAGAUUCCCAUUUUUAAAACAUUCCAUCGUGAAUGCCGAUAGGUACUAACACAGCUGUAAACAGCAGCAAAUUGCGAGCUACUAAUUUCCAAUCAUUCGGUACUGCAUAAGGUGUCAAAACUCAAUAUAAGAAAUAAUCUGUUUUUCUUACUUCGUGACUGGCGCAUAUGAAAAUAAACGAUGUAACCAACAAGUUUAGCACG